CCGCGCCGGCCCCGCGCCAUGUCCCGGGGCUGCUGAAGGGGACGCCAGGACGGCCGGGAUGCAGAGCAUCAAGUGCGUGGUGGUGGGUGACGGAGCGGUGGGCAAGACCUGCCUGCUGAUCUGCUACACCACCAACGCGUUCCCCAAGGAGUACAUCCCCACCGUGUUCGACAACUACAGCGCCCAGAACACGGUGGAUGGCAGGACUAUUAACUUAAACCUGUGGGACACGGCCGGCCAGGAGGAGUACGACCGCCUGCGGACGCUUUCCUACCCCCAGACCAACGUCUUCAUCAUCUGCUUCUCCAUCGCCAGCCCACCCUCCUACGAGAAUGUCAAGCACAAGUGGUACCCUGAGGUGUGCCACCACUGCCCCAGCGUGCCCAUCCUCCUCGUCGGCACCAAGAAGGAUCUGAGAAACAACCCUGAGACCAUGAAGCGGCUCAAGGAGCAGAACCAGGCACCCAUCACCACCCAGCAGGGCAUCAGCCUAUCGAAGCAGAUCCGUGCCGUCAAGUACCUGGAGUGCUCGGCGCUCAACCAGGAGGGCAUCAAGGAUGUGUUCACCGAGGCGGUCAGGGCCGUGCUCAACCCCGUCCCGGCCAAGCCCAAGAAGCCCUGUGUGCUCUUGUGACAGGGCUGCUGAGAGACGAUCUUGCCCCUGCCCCGGCGCCCCCACACCUCCUGCCCCCACCCACCCCAGUGCCUCCCCGAGCCUCGGUGGGGCCGGGCCGCAGCCCCAAGCCUCCAGCUUUAAUAAUACAGACCUUGUUUGCACUAACUGGCCACUGCCCCGGGGCCUGCCCUGGCUGUCAGCGUUCGCUUUUGGUGACGCCUCUCUGGUCCUGGCACAGCAACACUUCCUGAGAAGGGGAUGCCCGGGGUGGGCCAACCCCACUCCAGCCCUGCGCAUCCCACAGGACCCUGCCACCCCCAGAUCUCCAUAGGGACCUGCCACCUCCACCCUCUACACUGGCUGGGGCACAGGGGGUCCCCAGACCCUCUGUGUCAUCCCUGGCACUCGCCCAGCCCGGAGCAUCUCGUUGGCACUGCCCCAGGAUCCCGGUGGCAGCACCAGGGGCUCCUGGGGGGUCUUUGAGGUGAGCCCCACACCAGGGACCUCCAGCCCUGCUGAGAGCAGAGCCAGUGUGGCCAGUGUAGAGAGUUCUUGCCCUGGU